AUGCCAGGUCAAGAACCCGGCGCACCCACCGCGGUCGCCGCGGCUCACCACCAACAACCACCACCCCCGACACAAGACCACCAGUUCCAAGACACCACCACCGCACACCAGCAACAACCUCAACAACCCCCGCCGCCGCAGCCCCAACAGCACCAGCAGCACCAGCAACAGCAGCCCACCUACCCCUCCCUCGCCUACCCCGCAGGCCCCUCUCAGCACCAGCCCCCUUAUCCCCCCAACAACUACCCCUACAACCCCUACUACGCCGCUCAGCAGUUCCCCCAUCACCAUGGCCAGCAGCGCCCGCAUCACCCCAACCCCGGAGCCGGAGCCUUCCAACCCGCCUUCCGAUACGACAACUACCCCGGAUACUACCAGCCGCAGUUCUACCCUCCCUACGGCCAGAUGCCAGUACCUGGUCCAGGACCGGGCACCAUGCAGAACGGCUACUACGGCGACCAGAAGUUCGGACAUGAGGACGACGGAUCGGGCGCGUAUCACGGAAAUCCCCAGUUUGCGCCCCAGCAGCCGUUCUACCCGCCGGGACAUCCGUAUGCAUACGGCGUCGGCGUCGGGUACCAGCAGCCGGGAAUGUACAACGGAAUGGGCUACCGACCAGACGGAGUGUACAUGGGCGGCGACCAGCAGCAACAGCAGCAGCCGCCGCCGCAUGGGGGACCGAAUGGAACGAGCGCACCUCCUGUCAGUGCCGCCAGCUCCAAGGGCCUGAACCCUGCUGCCCAAGGUUUCAACUAUCCGGUGCGCAAGAACGAGCCCACAUCACGAACAGCGGCAAGCGCAAACGCAAAUGGGCCCGCGAACGCAAACGGCCCGUUGCCGAACGGACAUGCAUCGGCGCCAACAGUUCUGGAGCAGCCUCCGCCUGCACAAGUGCCGGAAAAGGCCAAGGAUGCUGGCUCGUUGGGUUUGUCACUCGAGCCUCCGCCCUCAGUUUCGGAACCGGCUGCAACCGACUCACCCUCGCCCGCACCCGCACCCGCAUCUGCUGCACCUGCCAAGGUCGAUCAACCCGCACAACCAGACACUGUCCCAUCAACACAUCCCUCAUCAGACAACGCCAACGACUCUGCAUCGUCAGCACCGUCAGCAUCCCAUCCUCCCCCUCCUCCCGCCCUGGCGGAAUCAUCACCGGUCGAGCCUGCCGGACUCACCUUCACCGGCGCGACUCUUGCUGGCUUCACUUCCCCUCCCCCUUCCUCGUGCACGAUGCCCCGCAAGAAGCAGCUUGCCGCCGAUCCUGUCCGGCUACGACCACACAGGCCAGCUCACGACACCGAGGGCGGCAACUCGUACGCUGCCCACCUCUCCCGCUUCGUCCCCGCCAGCGUCAAGUCGGAAUCUGUCGCCGCUGACUCAGAAUCCGCCCCGCGACGGCAAUCGAAGGGGUCGUCGAAGCCGCGAGGGAAGGCCGUUUACGCUGUCGGAGUCAAGGGUGGUCGCCAGCCCCCACCGCAUCGUGCGCUCACUUUCGGUGAUGUCAUCACCGAGCCGCUGUCGCGCGAGCCCGAGGCAUCGAAAGCGGCCGGUGUUGCCACCCCGACACCUGCUGCGCCCACUGCGGAGCCGUCCGCAUCCACGCCCGCACCUGCGCCCGUCCGUUCGCCCGCUCCUGCUUCCGUCAAGCCCUCGUCGUGGGCGUCGCUGCUCCGUUCGUCCCAGCCUGCCAAGUCUGCCGCCGGUACCCCGAACAGCCUUUCGGUUGCUGCGUCGUCGACCCUGCCUUCCCCUUCCAAGUCGAUCGACUCGUUGCCCGCUGAGAGCGUGGCGUCCAGGGUCCCCCCUUCUGAUGGACGAUCGACGCCGCGGUCGCCUCCCGCAGCCAAGCCGUCGUCGUGGGCUGCCGCCGUUGGAGCUCCCCCGACGCCUGCUGAGGACCUUGCUCGUCUGCUCACGGAUGGUCUGACGGGUCGUCCUGCUGGUGCCCCGGCGCCUAUUGUCCCCCGCGGUCUUAUCAACACGGGCAACAUGUGCUUCGCCAACACUAUUCUCCAGGUCCUCCGCUACUGUACACCGUUCACUGAGCUGUUCGAAGAGCUCGGCAAGCGCCUGAAGGCCGACCUUGCUCGCCGCACGCCUCUGCUCGAGGCCAUGGUCGUGUUCCUGCGCGAGUUCGCCCCCGGUCCCUCCACCAACGGAAGCAACGGCACGUCGACGCCCAAGGGCAAGGCGCGCGACAACGCCUUCAUCCCGGAGAACGUGUACGACGCGAUGAAGGAGAACAAGCGUUUCGACACAAUGCGCCGCGGCUACCAGGAGGACGCGGAGGAGUACCUCGGCUUCUUCCUGAACACGCUGCACGAGGAGCUGCUCGACCUCUACUCUCGCACCGCGCCCGCAAAGCCCGUGGCCAAGUCGGCGGCCGCGAACGGGGACAGUGAGCGAACGAUCGACCGGCCCGUCUCGCCGACAGGGCGGCGGAACGACGACGACGACUGGCUCGAGGUUGGCAAGAAGCAGAAGACACACGUGGUGCGCACGGCCGAGACGCGUGAGUCGUCUGUCUCGCGCAUUUUCGGCGGCUCGCUGCGCUCCGUCCUCCACACCCCCGGCUCAAAGGACAGCGUCACCCUCGAGCCGUACCAGCCUCUCCAGCUCGACAUCCAGGCGAAUGAGGUGCACACGCUCGUUGACGCGCUGCGGCACCUGAACGAGCCUGAGACGGUACCCGGCGUCUGGUCAGCAGCGCGCAACGCCAACGUCGACGCAACCAAGCAGGUGUACCUCGAGACGCUCCCGCCCGUGCUGAUUCUGCAUCUGAAGCGCUUCGUCUACGACCCGCAGGAGCAGAACGUCGUCAAGCGCUCCAAGCCCGUCGCGUACAGCACCGAGCUCACGAUCCCUGCCGAGAUUAUCUCUCCCGCCAAGCGCACGCCGCAGGGCAUCAAGUACCGGUUAUUCGGCGUCGUGUACCACCACGGCCACUCGGCAACAGGCGGGCACUACACGGUCUGCGUCGCGCGGCCAGACGGCACGGGCUGGCUGCACUUUGACGACGAGACGGUCCAGCCCGUCCCGACCGAGGACGUGAUUGUCUCGGAGGAGGAGGAGAGGGACGGACGCGCGGGCACCGUCGCCGGACGCGAGAAGUGUGCUUAUCUCUUAUUCUAUCAGCGCGUGCGAUGA